AUGGACAGAAGCAUUCUCGAAUCCAACGGAUUCGAAAUCAUCGAAGUCAUGGCCCCCGUCUCAAUCUACAUGCUCUUAGUCGUCCUCCUAGUCUACUCCCUCUCUUCCUCCUUCUCCUCCUCCUCCGCCGCCGCACCCAUCCGCACCGCUGCCAAUUUGGUCUACUUCGAAACCCCCUCCGACUCUACCACCCAGAAACUCAAAGGUGCUCUCCUCAACGCCCUCGUCUUCGUCAUCAUCAUCUCCAUCCUCACUUUCCUAAUCGUCCUCCUCUAUUGCUACAAGUUCACCAAUUUCCUUAAGAACCAUACUCGUUUCUCUGCCUUCUUCGUCCUUGCCACAAUGGGCUACUCAAUCUUCCUCUUCAUCAUCCAACAUUUCUCAAUCCUAAUCGAUUUCAUCACAUGUUUCGUCUUACUUUUCAAUUUCACUGUUGUGGGUGUUCUCUCUGUGUUCUCUCGUGCUGUACCCAUUUUCUUGAAACAAGGGUUUAUGGUUGCUUUGGAGAUUAUUGUGGCAACUUGGUUUACCAAUUUGCCUGAAUGGACCACUUGGGUUUUGUUAAUUGCACUUGCUUUGUAA